CACCCGCAGCGGCAGCAGCAGCCCCGAUGUGCAGGCGGGGCGGGGGGGCUCCCAGGUCCGCGGCCGCCCCAGCGCCAGCAGCCGCCCGCGCCGCGGGGGGACGAUGAGGAGCCGGCGGCAGCAGCAGCAGCAGCGGCAGCGGCGCUAGGAGCCGCGCGGCCCAUGCGGAGCGAGCGCGUCCGCCGGCCGCCGGGCGAGAACAAUAGAGCCCGCGGCGGGCUCCGGGCGGGACGGGAGCGGGGCGCCGCGGGCCCCAGGCAGCCGGCGCGGGGCAGCAGCCGCUUUGUCCGGGGGCCGCCGGCGGCGGCAGCGCCCGGGGGGGCUCCCUUCCCCUCCCCCCUCGGAUGCGCUUCUUCCUGAGCAGGACUGCCACUGUUGAGUCUGUGGGAGUAUGAAUCAGCAGCAGCAGAGAAUGGCUGCAGUUGGGACAGACAAAGAACUCAGUGACCUGCUGGACUUCAGUAUGAUGUUCCCCCUGCCAGUGGCUAAUGGAAAAAACAGACCCACGACGCUAGCGAGCACGCAGUUUGGCGGAUCAGGCUUGGAUGAAAGGCCGGGAUCGGGUUCCUGGGGUGCAGGAGAUCAAAACAGCUCUGCAUUUGACCAAGGAAGGCAGGGCUAUGGUGAAGGCGCCCAUUAUGGAGAACACAGGGACCUAUCAUCUCACAACAGCAUAUCUUCAUCACCAUUCCUGGGAGCUGGACUAGUAGGGAAGAGCGGUGAAAGAGCUCCCUACUCAACGUUCGGCAGAGAUACCGGGAUGCCAGGACUAAAUCAGACUGGUUUCCUGCCCAGUGAAAUGGGAAUUGCAAGUCCAACCACACUUUCCCCCACGGGGGUGAAGGGAGGGUCUCAGUAUUAUUCCUACCCAAACAACCCUCGUAGGAGAGGUGCUGACAGCAACAUAGAUGGCCAGCCUAAAAAGGUUCGGAAGGUGCCCCCAGGACUGCCCUCAUCGGUGUAUCCAUCCAACUCAGGUGAUGACUACAGCAGGGAUCCAGCUGGAUAUGCCCCCUCGAAACCUCCCAGCACUGUGUAUCCUGGAGCCUUCUACAUGCCAGAUGGACUUCAUAACUCGCCAGAUCUGUGGAGUUCGUCCGGCACCAUGAGCCAGUCGAGCUAUGGAGCCAUGCUGGGAGGCUCCUCGGCUCCUCUCACGCAGUCCAGUGGCUUUAAUAGUUUACAUCAGCACGAACGGAUGAACUACCCGAUGCAUUCAGGAGAAGUUAAUGGCGGACUUUCCUCUGUGUCUGGCUUUCCCUCUGCCUCCACCCCUUACGGCGUGCCCAGUCACACACCGCCGAUCAGUGGGACAGACAACAUGAUGGGCAACAGAGGAACCACUGCUGGGAGCUCAGGAGAUGCGCUUGGGAAAGCAUUAGCUUCAAUUUAUUCCCCAGAUCACUCUAGCAAUAACUUCUCUUCAAACCCCUCCACCCCCGUGGGCUCCCCUCAGGGGCUUGCAGGCACUUCCCAGUGGCCCCGAGCGGGCGGACAGGGUGCCUUGUCUCCUAGCUAUGAAGGGACUCUCCACACGUUACAAAACAAAAUGGAAGACAGAUUGGAUGAAGCCAUCCAUGUGCUGAGGAACCACGCGGUGGGCCAGACGGCUGCCAUGCCAGCCAACCACGGAGAUAUGCACAGCCUGCUGGGAUCGGCCCCUGGUCACAGCGCCUCAGUGGGCGGGCUCAGCCAGGCCUUCCCCACUUCAGUUAUGCCUCUAGGGAACAGGCAUUCGAGUCUGGUGGGAGGAAGUCACCCUGAAGACGGACUGUCCAGCAACCCGAGCAUGCUCCACAACCAUGUUACGCUUCCAUCGCAGCCCAGCUCGCUCCCCGAUCUCAGCAGGCCGCAAGACACAUACAGCGGCUUGACGGGGCUGGGCAGAGCCAGUGUCUCCUCGGGAACCAGUGAAAUAAAGCGGGAAGAGAAGGAGGAUGAGGAGAACACGUCGGUGGCCGAUAACUCGGAAGAGGAGAAGAAGGAAAUGAAGCCGUCACGGAACAGAACAAGGUGCUCUUUGAACAGUCAAGAUGAGGAUGAGGAGGACGAUCUUCUUCCCCCAGAGCAAAAAGCCGAGAGGGAGAAAGAGAGGAGGGUCGCCAAUAAUGCCCGUGAGCGUCUGCGGGUCCGUGACAUCAACGAGGCCUUUAAAGAGCUCGGACGCAUGUGCCAACUCCACCUUAACAGCGAAAAACCGCAGACCAAACUGCUAAUCCUACACCAGGCCGUAUCAGUCAUACUGAACCUGGAGCAACAAGUUAGAGAGCGCAAUCUGAACCCUAAAGCAGCCUGUUUGAAGCGUCGGGAAGAGGAGAAAGUGUCCGGAGUAGUAGGAGAUCCCCAGAUGACACUUUCAGCUUCACACCCUGGUCUAGGAGAUGGUCACAACCCUGUUGGACACAUGUGAAGAUCCUUUUUAUUCCCCGGAUACAGAGAUGGGUAGGAAGCAGACCCUCGGUGUGACCUGCAACCUUCUUGAACCAUAAACUUUAGUACUGCUAAUACUGACACACGAGAGAGGAGCCUGGCAUGCUUUAAGGGGGGGCGUUGAAAAAAGAAACAAACACUUGGUCAAAAACAAAACAAAAAAUUGCCUUAAGUAUAAAGUGUGGAGCCGUCAAUACAUAUCACUCAGUUAACGGGGGGAGCAUCCUGUUCUCUUGGCUUGUUCUCAAGCAGCCAGCAGCAAAAUUGUGCCUAAGCUUAAUAUUUCUUUCUUUUUUU